AUGGUAGAAAAGAAAUGCGUGGAGAUCGACCAGCAGCAAGCCGCGACAACCAACAAACUCACCAACGAGCAAUGGCAAGCAUUGAUCGCUCUUCACCGGACGCUGCUCCACGAGCACCAUGACUUCUUCUUAGCAAGUCAGCAUCCUUCUUCAUCACCUGCCCUGAAAAGAUUAGCAACAAAGUACGCAAUGCCGGCGCGUAUGUGGCGUCAUGGCAUUCAUAGCUUCCUUGAAUUGCUCAGGCAUAGGCUACCAGAUUCGUUAGACCAUAUGCUGUCUUUUGUCUAUUUAGCAUACUCUAUGAUGGCGUUACUUAUGGAAUCUGUACCUAGCUUUGAGGAAACUUGGAUCGAAUGCCUAGGAGACUUGGCGCGAUACAGAAUGGCAAUUGAGGAAGCGGACCUAAGGGAUCGCGAAGUGUGGGCUGGUGUGGCGAGGAUGUGGUAUGAUAAAGCGGCCGACAAGUCACCCAACGUUGGAAGGAUCCAGCAUCAUCUUGCGGUGCUUGCCAGGCCGAACAUUGUGCAACAGUUGUUUUACUACUCCAAGGCCUUGGUAAGUGUCAUCCCAUUCCCUAAUGCCAGGGAAUCCGUCAUGCUUUUGUUCAAUCCUUUUCUCGCGACCGGAGAGAUAGCUAGCCAGCGAUACCCUGUUGUGGAGGCGGCAUUCGUAAAGGCCGCCGCUAUCCAAUUCACGCGUGGUUCUAUUGAGAUGUAUAAUGGGUUGGUUGAACAAUUCCUGUUCGCCCUCGACCGCCAUAUUGGAAGAGUAACAACCAAAUUUCGCGUCCAAGGACCGGAGCUCGCUUCCACAAUAUGUGCAACUCUCUUCGAUUUUGGAAAUGUUGACUCCUAUCUAUGGAAAGCUUUUUCUUCGUACGACGCACAGCUCCAAGCUACCCUCGAAAACCAGAAGGCUUCUACCGGUCAGACGAUAAUUUCAGCAGAACAGGAGGCCAAUUUGAAGGAGGAACAGCUUCAAGCAUACUUCAGAUCAGUAAAUGAUCGCACAGAACAUCCCAAGGCCGUACAUUCCUCGAGGGAUUCAACGACCAAAGAUGCCACAUUUUCAGGAGCUCAGGAUGCCGUUGCUCAUGCCUGUCAUUUGUUUGAUUCAAGUAUCGAGGUGGUCUUCCAGAGAGUGGGUGACAGGAACGUUGUUCCUUUUGCCCACGUCGUGCUCGCCUUCUUGAAAAGCCUGGCCCAUGUUCCUGACGCGAUGCUAUAUGUCGAAGGGCAGGUACCAUGGAAAAGCAUUGUUACUUUCCUUAAUACAAUAGGAAGGUCAGGAGCUCUUAGCUCUCGGUAUGAGGGCUCUGCGUUUCCGCAGCCAUUGAGCGGUACUGGCCGGCAACUGCCAGAGGACUUCAUCAUGAGAGGCUUGGUCUGGGCCAAGCACUACUAUCCUCCAAGAUUUUUCGAAGGCGAGGUCGUGGAUGAGGAUGAACGUACCCUGGAGCUCCCAAGUCAUGCUGCGCCUCGAGCCGAACGCUGUCUCUGGUUAGGUAUUCAGCUCGCUUCUCUCGGGCGAUGGAUCAGAUACGACUCGCAGACACAGCAGUUUGCUGUUACGGAGUUUGUGCGGGGUCUUGAAUCUUACCGGACCUAUACGUUCGAUACUCGAUCACCUACUAUGUCGGUGGAGCGCGAAGACACCUUCAUGAUCGAUGUCAAAUCGUGA